AUGUCUUCAAUGCAUUUUGUGGUUCAUCCUUUGCCUGGGACAGAGGAUCAAUUGAUAGACAGAUUGAAAGAAGUUGCUGAGCGAUGGAACAGAUUUGGGACAGGUCCAGGGUCAUCAGCGCUUAGCUCAUUGCGAGGUGUGCGCGCCGUGGCCGCUGGACCAGCUCACAUUGCAUGUUUACUGGAAGAUGGGACUAUUUGUCGCGCUGCUUUCUCCAUCAUCCCAGAUAGACUUGACUUAAGUAAAGCAGAUGCUAGCAAGAAUGGAGGAAAUGGAGGGGGUGGCAGUGGUGGUGGGGGAACAAGUGGAGGGAAACAGGGAGGCAGUGGUAGUGGCUGUGGUUCAAGGCAACAACCACGUACUAGAGCCCGUAUAAUGAGGAAUUCAAUUCGUGCUGCACCAAGCUCACAAGGGUCUACAAGUCGCGCCACCGGCGUUAUUAUCGGUGCAUCUAGUUCGGGCCGAGUCGUUUCAGUUCCUGCACCAUUUGUGCCAGAAGAUUUGGUAACACAAGCGCAAGUUGUCCUACAAGGCAAAAGUCGAAGUCUUAUCAUAAGAGAACUACAGCGUACAAACUUGGACGUUAAUUUGGCGGUGAACAACUUACUGUCCCGCGAUGACGAAGAAGGUGAAGAACCGGAAGGCGGCGAAGGUGGCGAUGGCUACGUACCAGAAGAUCUCAUUUCACUGCUUGAUGGCGGCUUUCAUGCUACCCAGCAGGACCACUCAGUCAUUAUCGAUGCUGAUGCGAUGUUUUCCGAGGAUAUCUUCGGGUACGCGGCUAUCAGAAGUCGUAAUGGCGGUGGUGGUGGUGGCAGCGGCGGCCGUGCUGGAGCCAGCCGUGAAAGCAGCAGCUCUACUCAAGAGCGGCCGUCAGAGUUUAGUAGAUGGCGUGAGCGCCAGUACUUUGGGCCGCGUAGGUGGCUUGAGUCGGCUCUUCGAGAUACAUCGUGGGAUAAGGAUGGAGUCGAGAACAAGAAGAAAGAUUCAGCAAUGGCGGCAUCUCCUCUCUGGGUGUCUGAAGAUCUGGAAUACUGGGACAGCAACAUCCGCUUUACUCACAUUGCGGCUACAUACAGUGAGCUGAUUGCCAUCUCUACCCAUGGACAGUUACAUCAGUGGCGUUGGGCUGAUUCACAUCCCUAUCAGCGCAAUGACUCAUCGGGGGCAAAUAGCGUAUACCAUCCACGUGGAAACUGGCUUGGUAUGAUGUCAGGCGAGCGCAUCGUCAACAUAAGUGCCGCGGGUAUUCGAGUCUCAGUGCUAACUGACGCGGGAAGGAUUGCCACUUUUCUUGAUGAGUCUAUUGCACAUGCACCUGGUGCUCCUCGUUUGGAGCAUCCCUUACAGACUUUUUCCGAGUUUGGCAAUGACAAAGCUCUGUCAUUGCAUGCUUGUUCACUGUACACUGUUGCAAGAUUGGAAUCUGGAGCACUUUAUUGGUGGGGUGUACUGCCAUUGGGUCAGCGCGCCAGGUUAUGGGAAAAACAUCGCGCUCGAUCUCGCAAACAGCAGCGUGGACACUCUUCGUCCUCUCCACAAGAUGUUCAAGCUGGACAGAGUGUCACUAUGAAAAAUGCUCCCAUGUAUCAACCAGGAGCUAUUGGUUUUAAUAUGUCUACUGGAGUACCGAAAGUGGGCGUACUACAAAACGCUGCGUGGAACUUAUCCGACAUGUGCCGCUUCAAACUUUUGCCGCCGCCGCAACUUGACCGCUCCGUCUCUGAAAAAGACAAGAGGGAUAUACAGAAUCAGUCUCCCUUGACCGUUUCGUCGGUGAAAGCGUCUUCAUCAGGUGGAAGUGGAAAAGAUGGUGGUAAAGACAGUAACAAAGAUAUGGCUGAUCGUUUGGACAUGCCACCACCGCCAAGUCCUGCGUCAUCUACUUGCAGUGAUACUAGCACAUCACACAAACGCGCUAAGCGUGUUACCGUACGCGGUGAAGAAGGUUCUUCCAAUGACGGCACUAAACGUGACGAAGAAGAAUGGCCUCUUAAGGAAGUCGUGUUCUUAGAGGAUGUAAAGAGCGUUCCGUUGGGUCGCGUGUUGAAAGUGGACGGAGCUUAUGCCGCAGUCCGCUUCCCAACUGUGGGCAAAGAUGGCAAGGAGAUUGCACCGACAGCACCAGAUGAUUGGACGACAUUACUUCAAGAUUGCCGCUUAGUGCGCAAAGAUGACUUAGUAGCAGUAAAAUGGGGCGCUGGAGGUUCUUCAGGUUCUCGUGGUCCAGAUUGCUUGCAACGCUCACCUAGGAAAGUCGCGUUACCCCCAGAAUUGCAAGUCAUCACUAUUGCUGUGGACAGUCGCGGCGUUCAUGCCGUCGUUCGUCGUCCCGGUGGCGCGCUCGCUUACGCUGUAUACGCAGUGGGUGCGACUCGUGCCCUUACAGAUAGCACUUUCCCAACUGAUCACAGUGCAUUGCUUGGGCAAUCUAAUGGUCAUGGAAUACAACUUGCUACUGCUGCAGAGGGUAGCGAAGCGGUGGUGAUGAUGGUGGACGGCAACGGCGCUCUGUACCCGAUCGCGCGCGACUGCGUGGGCAUGGUGCGCGAGCCGCCGCCGCUCAACCUGCCGCCGGCGCGCGCGCUCGCCGCGCACGCGCUGCCGCUGCAGCCGCACGGCGCCGCGCACUCGCACCACGCCUCGCUCAAGUCGCAGGUGGCGCUCAUCAUAAUUGUACCAGAACCACAACUUAUGAUGCCCCGUGUCCUACGUUGCGACCUAGAUGGAGUGCGUCAGUUAUUACAUUUGCUGGAGUCUGAUAACAAUAAACAACAAAUACUAUCUAUUCUUCAAGAGCGCUGUGAUGGUAACAGAAAUAUCCUUCAUGCUUGUGUACAUAUGUGUGCACCAACCUCAAAUAAGGAACCUGAUAUUGUAGAAAACUCUUCAAUGCCGAAUAUACCUAGUGGAACAAGUGGUAGUGGAGCAAAUGCUGAAGAAGCUGUGCCAGCCAUAUCUUGGCCCCCGGAAACCUUCGAAGCCUCUGGUGAUGAGGACAGUUUGAUGGGACUUACCAACAACAGUAAAAUAUCGGGCGGAGGCGCCAACGGCCCUGGAGCGGUAAGUGCGGAUCCUGCUGAGCGUCGUGGAAACGCUCUGACUGCAUUGCGUGCAUUGUGCGAAAGCUCCGUUCUACAGCCGUAUCUCAUGCAAUUACUCACUGCUAAGGAUGGAAUGGGUCAAACGCCGUUAAUGGCGGCGGUUGCGGAGCGUGCGUAUCGCGCUGCGCUCGUACUCCUCGACGCCAUUCGCUCGUGUCCGGACGCAGACGAAACGCAGCGCUCGGCGGCCAUAUUCCCGCCAAAUGCUCACCCAGAUCAUUCACCCCUGCUGGUACUAUGCUGCAAUGACACAUGCAGCUUCACAUGGACUGGACAGGAACACAUCAACCAGGACAUUUUUGAAUGCAAGACUUGUGGACUAACUGGAUCUCUUUGUUGCUGCACAGAAUGCGCUAAGGUUUGUCACAAGGGUCAUGAUUGCAAAUUAAAGCGUACGUCGCCUACAGCUUAUUGCGACUGUUGGGAGAAGUGCAGAUGCAAGGCACUUGUUGGAGGCAAUUGGACUGCACGAUGUGACCUGUUAGCAAGGCUCGCGAGAGACACCCAACUAGCUACACAUUUUAACUCGAGGGGCGAGUCGAUCCUGCUGUUCCUGGUGCAGACGGUGGGGCGGCAGACGGUGGAGCAGCGGCAGUUCCGCGCGGGCGGCGGGCGCGGGCGCGCGCCGCGCAAGCAGCCCGGCUCCGACGCCGAGGUGGACGCGCCCGACCACGACCUCGAGCCGCCGCGCUUCGCCCGCCGCGCGCUCCUGCACCUGCUCGGUGACUGGGCUGCCGUGGAGGCGGCGGUGAUGUGCGGCGCGAGCUGCGGAGAGAGUGAGAGCCGACCCAACAGCCCCUCGCUCAAUCAGUCCGGCACCACACUGCUCGACAAAUUCACACACGCUCUCAUUGUCAAGUGCACUAACGACAUGCUAGACACACUAUUGCAUACGCUAAUAAGAGAACAACAAAAUGACUCUAUACCGGGACGCGCAGAACGUGCCCGUGAAGUGGCGCGUCGAUUUGUGCGUUCGGUUGCUAGAAUUUUCGUUAUUUUCAGUGUUGAAAUGGCGCCAGGUGCAGCGAAGAAAAAAGGGCCUCUAUCUAUAACAUCGUCAUUAGUCCGCUGUCGACGUGUAUUCGCAGCGCUAGUAGCUCUCGCCGUGGAAGAACUUGUAGAAGCAGCAGAUGCACUACUCGCUCCAGUUCGUCUUGGCGUUGUGCGACCGACAGCUCCAUUCCCACUGGCCACAACUUAUGUAGAUCUUGUAAAUGGCAGUGAAGAUUUAUUUGGAGUCGAACCUCUUUCUACGGGACAUACACGUCUUUCCCAUACUCGCAGAGAAUCCACCACGGGCGGGGGCCGCGGCGCCGCUACCGGUGGCGCGUCUAUGGGCAGUUCCACAUUGGCUCCAGACCGGUCAUCAACGCCCGUGGCCACAGAGUAUGCGGACGACGUAGCGGGCGAAGCGCUCGGCGGUGACGAUGACGCCUCGGAGACAGACGAGCCUAACAUACCAGCACCGGUACCCGCUCCCGAUGCACAGCAUGACGAUGCUAUGGGUGAAAGAGGACAAGAACAACAUGUGGUGGUUGAAAAUGGAACAGAACGUGCUGAGGGUGGUGAAAGUGAAAGUGAACUAGAUUUACUGGCUGAAGUGGAGACCGAAAGUGACUCUGAUGACCAGGACAAUGCCGAAUCUGCGCAACGUAGUGUACAAACUGGUGCUACGCAGGGUUCUGAUGCUGGUAUAGCAUCGCUGCUAAUGUAUCCAGAGGACGAGAGCGGCGACUCGACGCAGCCGGAGGACGAGGACUCGGAGGCGGGCGAGACGGACGAGCAGGACGGCGAGGCGGAGGCGCCGCUGCACGACGGCGAGCCGCUCGAGCGACGCGCCGCGCCGCCGCCCCGCCCCAACCUCGCGCCGCACUCCAUGCAGUGGGCCAUACGUUCGCGUGAGACGUCGCGCGGCACUACGAGCAGCACGGGCGGCGUGCGGCUGACGGGCGGCUCGUCGCUGGUGUUCAUCGACCCGGCGUCGCUGCGCCGCUCGGCCGCCGCGGCCGCCGCCGGCGCGCACGACCCCCACUCCACCUCCACCACCGCCGCCUUCCUCGCGCGCGCCUUCGGUAUUGUUAUUCGACAAAUUGCUGAUCUGCUGUGGGAGUAUGAACGUUUUACCUUGCCAAUGCCUCGCAUGGUACCACUGGCAUACCGUGAGGCACUUCGCUUGCAAUGCUAUCUAGAACGCCAACUGAAACCCACUUGGGACUGGCUUGUUACUGUUAUGGAUGCUACUGAAGCGCAGUUGAGAUUCGGCGCAUCCCUCACUUCAAACAACGCUGGAAACUCCAACGCGGAUAGCAAUCGAUCAAAUACGACGACAUCUCGUCGCACAACUUCGUUUACCUCGCCUGCCACUCGCAUAAUUGGUUUUUCUGAAGGACCACGCACCAGGGAUCGUGAACAAGGCGUGGAGGCGGGCAGCGCGCGGCGCGAGUUCCUGGCGUACUGCCUGUCGCUGCUGCGCGCGCACAGCGCCGAGCACGCCGAGCAGCUGCCGGUGCUGGACGUGGCGGCGCUCAAGCACGUGGCCUACGUGCUCGACGCGCUCGUCUACUACAUGCGCGCCGCGCAGCCGCAGCCGCACCACCACCACCACCUCUGGACACCGGAUGAAAAUGAGAAUGAGGAAGGUGACGAGGAAAUGGUGGUCGGUGGCGGUGCGACAGCCGAGUCUGACGGCGAGGGCGAGGGGGCUCGCGGCCGAACGCACGCUUUCUUCCAGCGUUCCGACUCCACGCUCUGCUUGGGGUGCCCGCCGCCUGAUCCCUUCAACAUGACGAUGCAAGACGCGCUGCCGCUGGCCGACCAGCCGCAGCUGCUGCAGCCCAACGCGCGGCGCGAGGAGCUGUUCGGCAUGCCGCGCCAGCCCGUCACCGUGCCCGCCGCCGGGGACGCGCCGCCCGGCGUCAACAACCCCUUAGAAGUGGUGCCUCGUCGUCUUGGUCUUUCCUCCCGCGGCAGCGACCGCGGCUGGUCGCCGCCCGCGCGCCCCGCCUCCGCGCCGCCCACGCACACGCACUCGCACUCGCACUCGCACUCGCACACCAUGACCCGCGACGAGCCACAGGAUUUAUCCUGUGCUAAAGAAAAUGUUACCAAAAUGGAUAUUGAUACUGAUGGCGAGUAUUUAUCUGAUUCGGAUUCUAACGAAGCAAGACAAAUUCAGAGAAAAAAACACCAUAGACAUCCCCAUUCGGCAACAUCUAGUAGUAGCAGCUUACGUCAGGCAUCAAACUCACAGCCGUCAGAAUUUCAUACCCUUGUCGACACCGCCUGCUCCAUCAUAGAAGCUCCACAUCAACAGCCUACACCAGGACCUAGUGGCUCUGGCGGAUUGGUGCAAGAACCACGUGCUUCAUCCUCUCGCAGCCCCGGCAAGACUGUUAUUGUACGUGCUGGCGAGUUGUUAAGUGUAGCAGAUCCCCUGGAGUCUCAAGAGAUCUCAGCACACGUGACUGUAGAGACGACGGGUCUGACAACAGCGCCGUUAUUACCACCUCAAGUACUCAAUGCACCCGCCCAAGUGCGUACUUGUCCAUCGCUUGGGGCCUCAGUGUCUCAUGAUUUGUUAUUGGGACGAUGGCGACUGUCGCUUGACCUGUUUGGUCGCGUUUUCACUGAGGACGUGGGCCUUGAAUCCGGGUCCGUUGUAGCUGAGCUCGGUGGUUUCCCAGUUAAGGAGGUCAAAUUCCGACGGGAUAUGGAAAAACUACGCAACUCACAGCAGAAGGAUUUGACUUUGCAUAAGAUGGAACGAGACCGCGCAAAGCUCCUGCAGCAGACGUUUGCGGAGCUGAACAGCGCGUACGUGGGACAGAACAGGCGCGCGCAUAGCGCCCAGCCGCCGCUCGCCGUCAACCGCGUCAAGGUGACGUUCCGCGACGAGCCCGGCGAGGGCAGCGGCGUCGCGCGCUCCUUCUACACCAGCGUCGCGGAGGCUUUACUAGCUAAUGAAAAACUUCCUCCCUUGGAGCCAACUUCAGGCAGCGGAAUUAAUAGCAGUGCUGCCAAUGGCACUUCAAGUUCAGGUGGCGCAAACGCUGGUAGUGCUAGCAGUAAUAGCGGGACCAGAAGCGGUGCAGGGCGGGCUCGUGCGAAGGACACGGCGCGGAGGGCACCGGGCCGCGCGGCGCCGCGCCCGCCCGCCGCGCGCGAACCGCGCCGCGUGCUCAGCGUCGACGCCAGACCUUACUCGCCACAGGCUGCACCUGGAACUGAGGGAGCAGGAUACAGUGGAGACAGACCUGGUGGAGGACAUAAUGAGCAUUUGACACUUCAUCAGGCGCAACUUGGCGAAAGACUUUAUCCAAGAGUACAUUCUCUACAUCCAACAUUUGCUGGCAAAAUUACUGGUAUGCUGUUGGAGCUUACACCUGCACAACUUUUAGUUUUACUUGCCAGUGAGGAUGCCCUCAGACAGAAAGUUCGCGAAGCCAUGGACUUGAUUGUCAUGCACCCUUCGGAAGCAAUACUAGACCUGGACGUGUUCUCGCUGUCGGAGCGCGGCGGCGGCGCGGCGCUGGGCGCGGGCCCGUCGGGCGCCGCCAGCGACGACGCGGCGCCGCUCUUCUACUCGCCCGGCAAGCGCGGCUACUACUCGCCGCGCCAGGGACGCGCUACCUCCGAGCGGCUCAACGCCUUUCGGAACGUCGGCAGAAUAAUCGGGCUCUGUCUCCUACAAAAUGAACUGUGUCCAAUGUUUCUAAAUCGACAUGUUUUAAAAUAUAUACUGGCCCGACCAGUACGCUUCCACGAUCUGGCAUUCUUUGAUCCUGUUGUUUAUGAGAGCCUUAGACAACUCGUCGUAGACGCUGAAACGGGCGAUUCUCACUCACUCUUUGCCGCUCUUGAUCUCAACUUUAGUUUGGAAAUGUGUGAAGAAGAAGGAGGUGGUUGUGUAGAACUAGUCCCAGGUGGCCGCGAAAUCGAAGUGACAGCUCUUAAUGUGUACGACUACGUGCGCAAAUACGCGCAACACCGCAUGUUGCAUUCCCAGGAGAAGGCGUUAGAGGCAAUUCGUGUAGGUGUACUUGACGUCUUACCUGAGUCUGCUCUAGAGGGCUUGACAGCUGAAGACCUGAGGCUUCUAUUAAAUGGUGUGGGCGAUAUCAAUGUCGCCGCAUUAGUAUCUUACACAAGCUUUAAUGACGAAAGUGGAGAACCACCAGAACGACUCGUCCGAUUCAAGCGUUGGCUAUGGGCUAUUGUAGAUAAGAUGACCCAUCUCGAACGACAAGAUCUAGUAUACUUCUGGACUGGUUCACCGGCGUUGCCAGCGUCUGAGGAAGGCUUCCAACCGAUGCCGUCAGUGACUAUCCGGCCUGCGGACGAUGCUCAUUUGCCCACUGCCAAUACAUGUAUCUCUCGACUAUACAUCCCAUUGUAUUCUUCACGACAUGUACUCAAGCAUAAGCUACUGCUUGCUAUCAAAACUAAAAAUUUCGGCUUCGUGUAG